ACUUUAAGACUCGUAUAGGCAAAUUACUGACCCCUUAAACGUCUAUUAUUCACCUGACUUUAAAAUCUGAAUUAGCUGAAUAUUAAAACACCACGCGGUAUUGUUACGAGUUCACGGGAGGUGUGGUUUAUUGCUGUAUUUGUCUGAAGGCCGUUUGAUGUUGUUGCUAUGGUGAUGGGACUGAACAGCGAGGCUAAAGGAAGACAAUCAACCGCCUGCUAAACAACAAUCAACAAAUAUCACUCAUUUUAAAGAAUUAAGACAUGGAUGAGCGCUUUGCCUUUCUGGCUGAGUGGUACGACCCCAGUGCUGCUCUCCUGCGACGAUACCAGCUGCUCUACUACCCUAAAGAUGGCUCCGUUGAGAUGUUUGAUGUGAAGAACCAGCGCACCUUCCUGCGCAGGACCAAGUUUGAUGAGCUUCAUCCAGAAGAUCUGUUUGUUGGCAACCGAGUAAACAUCUUUUCCCGUCAACUGAAUCUCACAGGUUACGGGGAUCAGUACACAGCCAACAAACUCGGCAGCAAGAAGGAGAGGACUUUGGCUAUGAUUAAGCCGGAUGCUGUCACAAAAGUUGGCAACAUUAUUCAAAUGAUUUAUGAUGCCAACCUUAUAGUCACAAAAGCCAGAAUGACCAAACUUACAUGGAAGCAGGCAGCGGACUUUUACACGGAACAUCAGUCAAAGUCUUUUUUCAAUAAUUUGGUGCAGUUUGUGAGCUCUGGUCCUAUGAUUGCUAUGGAGCUAAUGGGGGAUGAGGCGGUGUCAACCUGGAGAAAAGUUCUGGGCCCAACUGAUUCUGGCGUGGCACAAAAAGAUGCAGCGAAUAGUCUCAGAGGCCAGUUUGGUACUGAUGGCACUAAGAAUGCAGGACAUGGGUCAGACUCAUUGGCAUCUGCUGCACGGGAACUUGAGUUCUUCUUCCCUUCCACUACUGGACACGGUCCCUCCAACACAGCCAAGUACUCAGACUGCACCUGCUGUAUCAUUAAACCUCAUGCCAUCUCAGAAGCACUGACGGGAAAGAUCCUUACGACGAUUAUAGAAAAUGGAUUCGAGAUAUCUGCCCUACAAAUGUUCAACAUGGAUAGAGUAAAUGCUGAGGAGUUUUUGGAGGUUUAUAAAGGUGUUGUAGCCGAGUACACUAAUAUGGUGGAUGAACUUUGUUCCGGACCUUGCAUGGCCCUUGAGAUCCAUGCUACUGACGCACCCAGAACCUUUCGGGAGUUCUGUGGACCCGCAGACCCUGAAAUUGCACGCCACCUUCGGCCCUCCUCUUUACGAGCGCUCUACGGGAAAAACAAAGUGCAGAAUGCCGUCCACUGCACGGACCUACCGGAAGAUGGGAUUCUGGAGGUGAGCUCAAGCAAAUCUCAUUCAAAUGUUACGCAAGAGCCACACAGUCACAUUUUGUAUUCGGUGUCCUUUUGAGGAAGUUCGUUCGCCUUCGAAAUAUUUCUGGAUCCCACAAAUGUUUAUGAAACUCAGAACAAAAUGGCAUCCAGGUCUCAUGACUGUCCGCAGUGGGCCGAGGCAGACCCACAGCCCGGAUCACAGGAAGGAAAGCAGGCGGGUAGAGUCGGUUUGGUAGAAGGGGGAAAAAAAAAAGCCAUUGUUAUGCCAAGGAGUGGGUUUGGCCCGGUGGACGUCAUUGUUGUGCACAACUCCUGAUCUGUCCGGCCUCCUAGCACAAAUGGCCCCUUGUUAAUCAUUUGCCUGCUGACCGACUCAGCCAUGACAUUCCAAGAGCUCAGGCCUCACAGAGGCCCAGCACAGACGCCGGCUGCCGUAACAGGCACAAUUCAGGGAAAGUCAAUUGUUUGAAAGUAAAACAAGCUGGUGAGCUGACGCUGAGGCCUGAUGAAGUGCUAAAAGUGCUUCUCAGAUUAACACACAGGUUUGUUUUUUUUAAUGUAAGGAAUUGAAAUUUUUGAAACGCUCUCAUAAGGCAUGUCCCAGUUGACGUACUUCUGCACUGUGGCAUUUUUUAGUAUAAAUAGCGUGAGCAGAAAAAACACUUAAUUCGCUUAUAAUGUUAGUUCACCACAAAAUUUGUACUUUUUAUAAAAUUUGUACUAAUUACUCACCCUCGUGUCGUUCCAAACCCAUCAAACCCUCAUUUGUCUUAAGAACACAAAUUACGUUUAGUUUUUUCUCGUUUAGAGCUUUCUUACUCUUCUGAACGUUUUCAGGUCCAAAAAGGUAGUAAAGACAUCCUCAAAAUGGUCCAUGUGUCAUCAGUGGUUCAUCUGUAAUUUUACAAAGCUACGUAAAUACUUCUUGCGCGCACAGAAAUCAAAAGUAACAAGUUUAUUCAAGCCUUCUUCUCGUUCCUUUAUCGAGACCGCAAUGUAACAAAUGUUAUAUAUGGGCUGAGUCUCGUAUAGAGCAGAGGGACGCAUGCUGUGUGUCGCGGUGCUCUCAAUAAUGGCGGAAUACGGACAUUUUGAAAAUAAUUGUCAAAUAAAUUUGUUUUUCUUUUCUUAUCGCACAAAAAUGAUUCUUGUUGCUUUGUAAAAUUACAGAAGUACUUGUAAUACACGAUGUCCUUACUAUGUUUCUGGAUCUGUUUUCUAAGUUCAAAAUAAGAAAUGAUGUUCAAUAUCAUGCGACUGGAGGGAAUCACAAUGUGAAGCUUUGAAAUCGUCCGUUAUACACCAGGAUUUUGUCUGAAAUCUAUCAAUUUUGACAGACUAGCUCUGACUUUUAAGAACUAGUGUCUAUACAAAUUACAAAUCAAAUUCUGUUCGAAACUUUGUGUGGUUUUUUCAUCCUUAUAAGACAUAUUGGAUGAUUAGAUAACAGAUGUAUAUAUAUUCUGCAUGUAUAGUGUGCAUUUUUGUCUAUGUAUUGACCUUUUGUCAGUGUUAUUAUAGAAGCUUGGAAUUAAUUGUGGCUAUUUCUGUG